AUGUCUGAAGUCGAAGAAAUUGUAGCCAUAUUCGGUGUUGGAGACCAUGUUUGGGUGCCAUGGAGCACUAUUAUCAACUCCAUUACAAUAAAAGUUAAAAACGAGUCUAGUUCAAGUAAAACUCCCAUAAAAACAAACAAACAUAUAAAAUAUUGGCCGGCUUUCGUCCUUGAAAGGCACGUAACAACAAAGUUACGAAAAGUUGCCUAUGCGCGAAUAGUACCAACUUCAACUCCUCAAAAUGGGAACUCCCUUUCACCAAAAUAUUUGGUUAAACUGAUUGGUCUUAACGUGAACCAAGUUUUUUUUGAAAAAAGUCUCAGGUCUUGGCUUUCUUUUAACCCCGAACCUUUGCCAGAAAUUUCUUCAAAUUAUGAAUUCAAUUUACUCGGUCAAGAUAUUUCCUUGUCAGAUAUUAAAAUUGAAAAACUUACGGCUCUUUAUGUUCGAGCGAUACAAAAAGUUUCGAAUAAACUUAAACCGACACGUGAUUAUAAUUCCGAAAUAUCAAAGAAGGUUAACACGGAACCUACCAAGGUCGGUUCGAGUAGCCCCGUUCGUUUAAGGAUAAUUUAUAAUAAAAAUUCCAAAGAUUCGAAAAGGUCGGAUAAUCAUGGUUCAAAUUCUAAAUCCAAAAAGUUGGUUCAAACUCCCAUUUAUCAUCAUCAUGCCGUACCUUCAAUAAAUGCUAAUCCACCCUCAAGAAGUGUUGACAAAGAUGAACAUGACGGACAUCAAGAAAAAUCUUUAAAUGGUGAAACUUACUUGUUAAAAAAGAAGCCGAACAAAUCAUUGGAAAAAAUUGGCUCCGAUAACUCGAAUGAUAGCGUUAAACAAACUCCUCCUUUAAAUAAUUCCGAAAUGACCUCCUCAAUUGCUAACUCAAUUAUUACAGUUGAAAAAGAUGUUAUUUCCACAACAUUUCAUGAACAACAAAUUGUAUCAACCGUAUCAACUGACAAGAAAGAAUCUUUUGAGAUAUCAAAUCUUUUUGAAAUUUCUACAAAAAAACGUGGCAGAAAAUCAUCAAAAAGUUUUGAAACGAGAUUAGACACCCUUAAUCCUUCUAAUACGACUAAUACAAGCCCAUCUAAUUCUGAUAUAAAACUUUCUGACAUGACUCUACUACCUACGACUGAUGAUUCAUCUUUGCUUAGGAGAACAAGGAAUGGAAGUGUUUUUGGAAAGUGGAGGGCAUCAAAACGUUCACGACUUUCUCAAGAAAGUUCAGAACAAAAUGAUUCGGCCUUGGAUCAAAAUAUGAAUAAUUUCCUUGGUAACGAAGUUCUUCCUAAUGAUGAUCAUUUAAAGACUUCUGAGGAAGCACCCAUUCAGAAUGAUAAAAGUAUUUCGAUUCAUUCAACUCAAAAAGCUGACCUCACUCAAACAAAUGAUCCCACACAACAAAACAAAAGAAAGUUGAUGAUUGGCAUCAAGAAUACCCCUAUUAAUCGACCAAGAUUUUCCGAUCAGAUAAAUAAGGAUGAUACGGAUCCAGAAACGGAUUUGGAGUUACAAGAAAGCGAAAUUAAGAGAAGGAAAGUUCAGGAUGAUUCGGUUAAACAAGAUGAUAUUCCCGGAAACAAUGUUGGUAAUAAGUCCAUGGAGAUUAAUGUAGGAAUGCAUAGUUUCGAUAUUUCCGAACAAAAUAACUUCAUUACGCAUGAUGAUAAUUACGCGAUAAGAUCAACGCCUAUACUUAAUUUAAAAACAAGGAUGGAACAUUUUAAAAGUAAAAAUGAAUGCAAGUCGGAAAUUAGAACGAAACCUAUAAUUCAGUCUGCGGAUCAAUUACAGUCUACGGAUCAAAUAUUACAAAGGAAUGUUGAGUCGGAAAAUUUUAAUGAUAAAAGGAUACGGAAUCGUUCAAAUUGCAAUACUAAGUGUGCACCAUCAGAUUCUGUUACUCAAGCGAUCUUUGAAGAUAAUUAUAUGCAACAUCCUAUGAUAAAAUUGAAAGACGAUCAAGUAAUUGUAAAUAACAUUCAUGAUGGUAAUAAUUCUAUAUCGUCAGUCUUUUCAUCCCCGUUACAAUCAUUUCGUUCGGUUUUGGGAUUUGGGAUUGAAAAAUAA